AUGGCAAACUCUCAAAGGAAAUAUAUUUGUUCCUUUUGCGCAAAAUCAUUUUCACGUUCAGAACAUAGAACAAGACAUGAAAGGUCACAUACAGGUUAUAAACCUUUUCAAUGUAAAAUUUGUAAACAUUCUUUCGUUAGAAGAGAUUUAGUACAAAGACAUAUUAGAACAGUUCAUCGUGUAUUAUUACUAGCAAGUAAAAAAGAUAAUUUUGACUCCAAUGGAAAUGAUACAAUUAAUGACAUAAAACUUAAUAUCAAUCGUGAAAUAUUAAAUGGAGAUAGAGUCCUAAUGAAACAUAAUAAAAAUAAGAAAAAUUCAGAUAAUAUUGAUACUGAUAAUAAUGAUAAUAUUCCAGAUGACCAAACAUUAGAUGAAUUAGUGCGUCAAAUGAUCCAUGUAAGGGACUUACCGAAAGAAAAGGAAAGAGAAAAAUUGAAUAAUAAUAGUACUAAUUACAGCACGCGAGGCCAAACAAAUAAUAACGGUAAUAAUGGGAAUAGUGAACUGAAUAGUAGUAAUAGUAAUACGAAUAGUGCUUGUCAAUCAUCAUCCUCUAGUGUAAGUGAUAUUAAAGAUUUAACAAAUGGUGCAAACAAAGGAUUCAAUGGUCAAUUUUUAUCGAAAUAUAAUUUAACUGACAACUCUAAUAAUAAUAAUAAUAACAGUAUUGAGAAUGGACUAGGAAAAGCAAAUGAUAAUUCAGUUUUAAACAAUUUAUAUCUGAAUCAUGUUAAUGACUCAUUUAAUUCAUAUUUAACUUCAAAUGUCAUAAAUAAAUUUCAUUUAAGUUAUUAUUCAGAUCAAUUACUUAAAAAUUUUAAUUUUGGGAUAAUAUCCUUAAGAGAUAAUCAAUUAUAUUUAAAUUCCAUUAGAUCGAUUUAUGAAUCUUGCAAUUAUGAUAAUGAUAAAUUUUUUAAAAAAGCGUGGAUUUCAGAAAGAGAAGAUUUUUUACCAAUACUAGGUAUAUCGAUAUCAUGUCUAGGUAAUUUUACAAAAAAUAACGUAUUUGAUCAGAAUUUAUGGAUAUUAUGCUGGAAUCAAGCAAUGACAAGCUCCACAGAGCUAGGUAGACCUGAUAUUUUAUCAAUAUCAAUAUUGAUGUAUAUCCUCUUAAAGACCCCAAACUGUGAGAAGACGUGUUCAGAUGUAUUUCAAUUUUUCCAACAAAGUUUGCUGUAUAUGAUUAAUCAAUUAGACACUUCUCAAAAAGUCGUUGAUUUUAUUGAUAUCAAAUCCUUCGAUAUAUGGAAUAUUUUUGAUUCUUGGGUAUUGUUAACAAAGACUAUAGACACAUUUGACAAUGCCUCAUCAAUUAUCUAUAAAUGGUUCUUAAAACAAAAUAACUUAUUUAGUGGAUUCCCUGAAUUAACUUUAUUUGAUUUCUUAAAUUCUAGAAAUUAUGUCAUUGAAGAAAACAUGUCUUUAGCCACUUUGAAUAUUCUACCAGAUACACUAUAUUGUGAAGCGAAUAAUACCUUGUUUAAUACAUCGAGAAAUAUCUUUUCGGUGGGUAGUUUCAAAUCGACAGAAGAAUUACACAAUAUAAUAAUUAAGAUAAAUCAAAAAUUUUCAAAUUUGACUAUGAAAAAUAUUAUAUCGGAAACAACUGAUAGUUCUGGAAUGAAAAGAAGUAGUGAACACUUAAUUAAUGUACAUGAUCCAAAUUUCAAUCUUUUGUUUCAAGAUUGGAAAAAAAAUAUAUUAUUAUUAAGAGCACCUAAAAAAUUUGCAAAUCUUUUAAUUGAUUAUGCUAUCUUACCACAGUCAAAUAAUCAUUGGUUAUUAUGGGAAUCUACUUGGUUUGAAUUUUUAAAGAGUUUAUCGCCAUCUGAAUUAGUAUACAAGAAAUCAUCUUUUUUGAAGUUACAAAUGUUACAAAACGUUUAUUUAGAUGGAUCAAUGAUCAAUAACAAUCUGGCUCUAUGUACUACUCCAGUGAUUGCAUUACUUGAGAAUCAUGCUAAAAAUGAAGAUUUAUUCCCAAUAAAUGAGAGGUUUUUGCCACUAAUAGUCGAUAUACUAUCUUUUCAACUAAAAUUAUUCUCUACUGAUCUCGUGUCUUCUCAAUUGAAUGGUCCUACACACAUCAUGGGAUUUUUGAGUAAUCCAAUGGUUCAAUUAAUUUUAUAUGUUUGGUUUUCGGUGAUCUACAAAAAUGAUAAUGAAUUAAUAUCCACUUCUAACGUUGAAUAUGAUUCAGUGGUAUAUUUUGUAGAAAAAUACAGUAUCAAUACAGACCAAACAAUUGAUACAGAUAAAUUGUUAGAAAAAGAUAUCAAUGAGAUUCUUUUUAAUAAUAAAUCUUCUGCUUACAUCGGAUUCCAUUGUCUAAUCGAUUCGAUCGCCAGCUAUAUCAAGGAUGAAAUUAUUAUUAAACGAUUAUUUCCAUUACCAACACUGGACCAAGAAACAAGAUUCAAACUAUUUGAAUUUUUAAAAUUAUUCGAAAAAGAUGAACAAGAAACUGUUCCAAUGGUAAAGACUCCAACUUAUUCUCAUAGACCAUCCAUCUCAUCAAUUGGAUCCAAUCCAUUCACUUUACCAACGUCUCCAAUGUCGUAUACAUCUACUUCAAAGAGAAGAUCUUCUGUGGUCUCUGUUACAGAGGAUGGGCAAAAGUUAUUACUGCCUCCGUUGAAUUUUGUUCCGGGACAAAUGUUAGCUUCACCAAAUAAAAGGAAUUCAAUUCCAAAUGGCAGUUUUUUUGAGAAUAAUAAUACUUCUAAAGUUCCAUUUGGAACCUAUAAUGAUACACAUGGUCCAGUACCACAACCAAUAUUACAUAGUGGCAAUCCAAAUACCUUAAAUCAUUUAAAGAAUUACUCAUAUGGUCAAGUAAAUGGAAAAAUCGCCAAUAAUUUGCAUGAUUCAACAAGAUUUAAUGCACAUGCUUUGUUGAAUUCGUAUGAUGAUGAUAACAAACCUCCAAUCAAAUGGUUACAAAGUAGACGUGCCUCUUUACCUUCCUUAUCUAGUGGUAAGAUGUUAAAUGGACCGGUGUUGCCAUCUGCAUAUCCGAUUCCCGUUGCAAGUAGCACUACAGAUGAAAAUCAAGCAAUAAGACCAAUCCAAAGGUUAAGUAUAUCCAAGGAUAGACUAAGCCACGGAAAUAAUAAUAAUAUUUAA